AUGCCAGAGCCUGGGAUUCCUCGUCCAGAAGUUGGGUGGGCGGCCCAACCACAACAGCAGACACCACCACUCGGUACAGCAGAUAGCCGGCCUCCCAGGGCACGCAGGCGAGCGCGAGCGGUCUGCCGACGAUGUCAUGAGAAGAAGAUCAAGUGUGAUCUCGAGUCCCAGAGGAGCGGAAGUAACCCGCCCUGCCUGAACUGCACCCAGAGUAAAAGUGAAUGCAUCCUGCGUCCGUCUCGGCGAAACAUCCGCCGCCCUGAACCAGCUGGGGGUACAGACCAAUGUGGGACGAGCCUCAUUCCCUGCGAGACUGGCACGCAGGAUGCUGUCUGCUAUGGCAAUUCGGAGCCCAGUGCCUAUGGACUCCUCUCCCUACCACCUAUUACACAGUCGGUAUACCGGGAGAGCCUGCAGGCGGUAACCGCGAGGCCCAUCUCGCAAGCCCCCGCCGAGGCUGGUCCGCUCACCACCCAAGCACCAUUGGCGUCAAUACAGACAGACGCUGCGUUCUUUGACCAUUUACAGACUGGGUUCAGGCCCUCUCAUUCACAGGUACCGGAGCACCAGACGUCUUCGAGCAAUGACCCCCAAGCAAGCUAUCUGGACGAGUCAGGGUACAUGCCCCUUCUGUCUGACAAGCAACAUGCCCCAAACAGCCGCAGUGGCGGGCCAGUCACUAUAGACAUCCAUGUCCCAAUCCAUCCGUUGCCCCCAUCUCUCCGAAUGUCUUACACAGAGCUUGUUUUGAAAAACUGCCAGACAUUCUGUCCCGUACUCGAUGCCACGCUACUCAACACUGCCGAGUUUGAGAAUUCUCUUUCGCUUCAUCAAGCCAUCGCCCUGGUUGGAAGUGCCAUCCAGCCGUCUCUGCUUCACGCAGAGCAUCCUAUUGGGUAUUAUGAAAAGGCGAAACUAUUGAUCCAAGGGGGCUACGAACCAAAUCCGCUGGCGAGCCUAAUAGCCGUGAUGCUCUUUUACUGGCGGGCGGCAUCUCCGCCAACAAUAGUCAGUAUGGAUAGUGUCUGGUGGUGGGUGGGAGUCGCUGUUCGUCAGGCUCAGGAGAUAGGGCUGCACCGGGAACCAAAGCCAGGCCAACCACUCCGGGCAGGAGAGAGUCUGGGUCUCCGGCGCAGAAUCUGGUGGACACUGUUUGCUAGAGAGAGGCUGACUGCCAUCUGCCAAGGAAGGCCAUGCAUCAUCAACCAACACGACUGCAACGUCCAAGAGCCAGCCCCAAGCGACUUCCUACAUCCAAAUGACCAAAGGACGGUCAUUUUCAUUCACUGGAUCAGCCUUUGUACUAUAGUUGGCCGGGUUGGCGACCAUCUGCGGCGGAAUCCAGGCAGCACGCAAGCUCAUAAUGGGCUUCUGGACGAGCUGAAAGACUGGGCACACAGCCUCCCCGAAGCACUGCGACUGCCCUUCUCCACCAAUGUUACUAUGGCGUUUGAUGCGGACGUUUACCAGCUUUAUCUGCCCUAUCUAGCGUGCGUUACGCUUCUUCGCCUGAAGAAGUCCGCUGAGAGCGUGCCAACGGCGUAUACGACGGCCAUUCUUUCUGCGUCUUGCACAGCCCGGAUAUUCGAGGACUUCCUUGUGAGAGGAUCCUUGCGAUUCCUGCAGGGUAUGGCGGGUUGGUACAUUGCGGUUGCCCUUCUCGCAUUGCUAUCUGCACGGCAAGACAAGAGCCUGCGCCAGGCAGCGGACGCCGACAUCCGCGUACUCCGGACUGCGCUGCGAGAGAUGGCCAAAAAUUGGGACUCUGCGAAGAUGUAUACAGCAAGCAUUGAUGAGCUACUAAAUAAAGAGGAGCCGGCUAUUUCUAUUCCAGCUGGUGGUGGUGGUGGUGGUGGUGGUCAGAGAAACGACGAUCAAGGCCUGUCUGUUAGAUAUGACCCCAGUGCUGGUUCUGCCAGCCAGACAGCCUCUGGCUCGGACGAACAUCAACAUGGAGCUAGUUAUUUUCCUGGGACCUCUUCACAAACGAGCGCGCUUUUUGGAGUUUUGCUCCGGAAUGGUCAGCAUUCCCCGUUCUCCGACUUUGAUCAAAGCAACGACCUGAGCUACUUGCUCUAUGAUAUCUUCGAUAACCCGCUGGAUGGUGUCAACUGUGAUCUAACCGAGCCUCUGACGGGCUGGGGCAUGGGCUUUGAUCAAUAA